AUGCCACAAGCUCUUCAACAACAGUAUAGACCACCACAGGCUGAACAACUUACAAGCUCGAUGAGUUACAUUGAGGAGAUGCUAAAGAAAUUGAUGGCUGACCAACAGUCCCAAACAACAACGAUGAGAGAUUUGGAGCGACAAAUAGGGCAACUUGCCAAUGCCCAAAAUACUCGACCAGUUAGAGCUCUUCCAACUACCAUAGAAGCAGAUGCAAAAAAUACAAAGGAGUUAGAGAAGCCAGCUGAAGAGGCUGUAGCUAAACAACCCCCGCCAUUAGUUGUGAGGCCACCACCUCCGUUCCUUUAUAGAUUGCAGAAAGUGAAGGAUAAUGCGGCUUAUAAAAAGUUUCUUAAUUUUUUGAAGCAAGUGCAAAUUAAUAUUCCACUGGUAGACAUCUUGCAAGAAGAGCCCAAAUAUGCCAAAUACAUCAAGGACAUAGUGGCAAAUAAGAGGAGGUUGACAGAGUUUGAGACUGUGGCACUCACUGAAGAAUGUAGCUCAAGAAUUCAAAGCAAGCUACCUCAGAAGUUGAAUGAUCCAGGAGUGAUUAAAAAUGUGUUAGUUCAAGUUGUUUCUUUCAUAUUCACUGCUGAUUUAAUUAUCUUGGACUAUAAGCCAGAUCAGGAAGUCCCAUUUAUUUUGGGGCAUCCAUUCUUAGCCACGUGCCGAGCUAUUAUUGAUGUAUCUGAAGGAAAGAUGACAAUGAGAGUUGGUGAUCGAGUGGAGGUGUUAAUGUGUAUAAAGCACUUGUAUUGCCAGCCCACUAUAAAGAGCUAUCCAUAA